AUGCUGCGCUCUCAAGGAGUACGCCUCCUGCCGUGCCGUCUGCUGCGCGUGGCGCUCCGCGCUCCCGCCGACGACGCCGCGGGCCACCCCGUGUCGCUCGCGGCCUGCUCCCACCACGCGCGGCGCUGGGCCAGGCUCCUGCACGGCGACCUGCACCGUCCGAGUCCGACCGGGCCGAUCGGCGCCGCGGCCGCGGGCUGCCGCUGCGUCGGCGCCUCGCGCGACGGGUGUCUCGCCCUCGUCGCGGGCGACGCCGAGGCGCCCGCGGGGCCGCUGCUGUUCAACCCGUUCACGGGCGAGGAGAUCCCGCUGGACCCGGAGCUUUACGAGCCCGCGCACGAGCGGGCGCCCAAGAUCGUCUUCUCGCCGAACCCCACGCCGCUCGACUUCACCGCGGUGAGCCUGUGCCGGCCCAACAGGGUCGCCGUGCAGAGGGCGUCCGACGGCUGGUCGCACAUCGAGGACACGGGCCCGCUCAUGGACAGGGACGUCGUCCUAGUCGACGUGGCGUACAGCGACGACGACGGCAAGGUCUACUGCCUGGCAAAGGACGGCCAAGUGCACGUGCUCCACCUCAACCGCCGCCGCCGCUCCUGCCGCCGCCGGGUGCCACCCAUGGAGGUGGGGCCACUGCCUAAACUGCCCCUCGGCGCCGUCGUCUUCCCUCCACCGUACGACACUAUCUCCAAGUGCACGGACGCCAAGAACCUGGUGCUCUGCGACGGCGUGCUCUACCAGGUAUGGAGGCGGCCCACUGGCGCUGGCAACGCGGCCGUCGCCGCGCCGACAGGAGGAAUCCAGCGGUGGAUCCACAUCUUUGAGGGCGACGUCUUCGUUCUCAGGUUCGAUCCCAGGAACUGGCCGAGCAGCCCAUGCUGGAGCGUGGUCGAGGCGAAGGAUCUGAGAGGUAGCGCGCUGUUCGUCGGCAUGAACGAAGCAGCGGUGGUGCGCGGCGUGGGUGUGAGCGGCAACAGCGUUUACUACUGGGACGGCCCGCGCGGGGGAGACUACGAGGCUGUGGUCUACAGCUUGGCAACCGGAGCCUCCGUCCGGUGGCCAGCGGCGACGACCGGAGGCGUGUCGAGCCCCGUGUGGUACUUCUUGCCGGCCGGCGAGACCCAGCGUGAGGAACCGGAAGCUACUCAGGUAGAAGCCACGUCGGGGGAAGCAACUUCACCUGAACUUGACGAGGAGGAGCUGGAUCAUAGUGCACAUUGUCUCAAGAAAACCAUGAGCUCGCUCGAACCUUGGUCAGGUGAUUUCCUAGGUGAAGCUACUAGAAGACAAAGAGAAGCGGGGCGUGGAGGCCCAACGAAUCGCAGAGGAGAAGAGGCGACGGAGGGAGAAGUGGGAUCAGGACCACAUGAGGUCUACGCAAGGUGCGCCACCUGCAGAAUGCUCGGCGAGGUGGCGUCUGAUGACACCUUGUGCUCGAGCCAGGACAUGUCAAAUGACGAUCGCAUCACUAAUUGUCAUGAGGAUGAUAGGGACGAAGUCGGCCAGGCGGUGGACUAA